CCGGUCCAAGAAAUCAAACCCAAUACUGCCUCUGAGUGCGCGGCACUCACGUCUCUCGCCAUUGGAAAGAAGCAGUCUGACAGCGUAACCACAUAUAUCGAGAGAGUUCCAACCGACUCAGCCAGUCAUGAAGACAUGGUAUUUCUGGCUGCUUCUCAGCAAGAGGAAGCAAACCUUUAUUGUUACAAGAGCCCGGCCAGUAGCGCCGGUAACUGCUUGUGGGCGACCGUGAACCGCCCAUUUUUGCCGUCCAACAGGGACGAAUCGCUGAGGUUCCUCGGGGAAUUUAGACAAGGUUCGGCAAACCGUGCGCGAGGUAGUACCGAAUAUAAUCUAUACCCUUUCAUUACCCUCGUCGGUGCUCAUGGAUAUGGAUACGACACCCAUCACAAGAUCAGUCUCGAUCGUAUGAUCUUCCGACAGAUCAUCAAGGAUUUCGAGCUUCCAAGUAUGAGCGAGGAAGUGGUUCAGUCCAUUCAUGGGGUGUUUUGCAGCUUCGAUGAGGUCGAGGAGCAAGAUGAAAUCACUCACAGUCCGGUUAAGUCUCUCGUAGUCGUCACCUUGUCCACCUCCAAGUCUCCGAUGAGGCAAUCUUUCCUCUCGAUGAGACUCCGAGUCGUGGAGAAGCAGUGCUCAAUAACCUGCCUUCUACUGGAGGGCAAGCGACACGAUCUCUGCAGGGUGGUCAGCAACAUCCUUGCUCGCACGGUAGAUUUCGACUGGCGGCACCCACUGGCCUUUCUUGUCGCGCUGCUUCGGGACAUUGGGCAGGCCUCAGAGGUGAAGCGAAAAGAGUUGGAUGACCAUAUCGUCAAGAUUGAAAUGGAGACCAAUACGUGUAUUCCCCCGCCGGUAGAGGGUCAGCCGGAGCCACUCUUCAUCAAGAAGGUCUGUUGGCCCGAGGACCAUUACGAGUGUAUAGGCCUCCUACACAGGUGCAACAACCAGCUCGUCUUUGCCACCAGGGCCGUUGACGAGGAGAUUGAAGCGUGGAGGCAACUGCAGGGUCUGCUGGAGGAUAAAAGUUCGAUAUGCAACGUUGAAGGACUGACUAACAAGAACAUCCAGACCACAAUGCUGAACACGGUCAAGUUCCAGUUGACUCACACCAAAAGUCGAAGAACUCAGAUCCAGGGCCUUAGAGACCGCGUUGCCGUGCAAAUUGAGUUGAUCCAUAACAUGACGGCACACAAGGAGGCCUCGCAGACUACCAUGAUUGCCAUAGUCGCGCUGAUUUUCGCGCCUGCGAGCUUGAUAGCGACCAUCUUCAGCGCCGGUCUCUUCGCGACCGACGACCACUCCUGGACCACCUACAUAGCAUCUACAGUCCCUAUCACUUUGGCCAUCUUUAUACUCGGUCUCCAAUUUACGAAGCUCCAGGCCACGCUUAGGCAAGGGUGGAAAGUUGCAGUAGGGAGAUGGCAGGAUGUAGGACAAAAGGAACCAAGGACGCCGGUUUGA